GACACAUUAACACUGAGAUGACUGCAGAAAGCUGUCUGUUUACACUGUGUUCACACCCAUUGGCUUUUCAUACCAGUUGAGCUCUUUAUCUCAAGUGUACACAUCCAAACCAUAUUGCUUACAGCGUGGUGCGGUUAGCGUUGCGUAAUACUUUGUUACCUCUGUGGAGAAGAAAUAUAAAGUUUCACAAUGAUGACGAUCUGACGGAGGAACUAAGGAUCUGGGCCGUUACAUGUGGAGAGUGGCUGAUGAAGAAAUGAGAUGCAGGAACCUCUCAACGACUGACAGUUAUGGCGACCAUAGUGAUGGAUAGAAUUGGCCGAGUGUUCAUCAGCCUGCAGCAGAUCAGGGAGGUUCCCCGGAUGCUGACUGAGGCUGCACCCUCCAUGCACGGCACCGUAAAGGACACCGAAGUUCCCUUCUACUUCAGGGAGCGCUACGUCUGCACUGGAUACCGACCAAUCAACCAAAACUGGCGAUACUACAUCCUGUCUUUAUUCCAGCGCCACAACGAGACAAUCAACAUCUGGACGCACCUGCUGGCGUUUGCAGUUUUCCUGGCUAGAUUUGGGCAACUGGCUGAGACUGUGGACUUUGUUAGUGAUCCUCAUUCGUGGCCCCUGUUGAUCCUCAUCCUGUCCUCUUUGAUCUACUCAGCUUUCAGUGUAGCAGCUCACCUACUGGGUGGGAAGUCUGAGCUGUGUCAUUAUAGCUUCUUCUUUCUGGACUAUGUUGGGGUAGCACAGUAUCAGUACGGCAGUGCUAUAGUUCACUUUUACUAUGCUGUGGAUGAGGGCUUGCACAGACACGUGCAUGGGAUCUUCAUGCCAGCUGCAACCAUACUCAGUUCUCUAUCAUGCCUGGGAUGCUGCUAUGGCAGGUACUGCAACCACAGCCUACCGACGUGGGUCUGUAAGGUGUUUCAGGUGGUGCCCUCAGCACUCGCUUUUAUCUGGGACAGCAGUCCUGUGGCUAAAAGACUCAUGUCAUGGUCUACAGCCAGCAAUGACCCAGCUGCUAUCUUUCACUUUUGCCAGGUUGCUUUCUUUCUCAGCUGCACCUUCUUCUUCAACUGCCCUCUGCUAGAGCGUUGCCUCCCUGGCCGUUGCGAUUUUGUGGGACAGAGUCAUCAGAUAUUCCAUGUUUUUCUAUCCUGCUGCACUCUGUGUCAGAUCCAUUCCUCCCACCUCGACUACGUGGGCCGUAGGGAGCUGUACUCACGUCUGCAUAGGAACGAUGAGGCUGCACUCUUUGUGGGACUGUACGUGGUCACUUUAGUUUCAUGCGCGCUAAUUGUUGGCUUCAUGCUGAGGAAAGUUAAACAAGUGCUGGAUCUCAAAGCCAAGUCCAAAUGAUAUAUUGACUUUGAUUAACCUGGCUCUGUCCAAAGGUCCAAUCAGAACCUCUAAAUCACACAGCAUGUUCCUUCUCAUUUGUUUAUUUGCAACCUCACUACAACAAGACAUGACCAGGAAAUAGUAGGCUACGCCAUACAACCUCCCGUAAAACCCAAACUUGCCGUCUUUAAGCGGCGGUCACACCAAGAACGUGAGAAAGGUGCUGCCUGAAGCUUGGUGACGUAUGGACACUUCUCGCAAGUCGCAAGGCUAGUUGGUGAACUGCUGUAGCUGGCAAGCUAACCACUAACAUACUAGCUAGCUGAGCUAACGGGAGUGAGCUGCUGGAUGGACUAUUUUAUAUAAUUUUGUUCAAUGAAGUUAUUAAAAAGGGAAAAUAAAGCUCUCUGAGCUAACAAGCUAGGUUUCUUCUAUCAUAGACAGUUCUUUGUCCCCUCAAAGGUCAACACUGUCAGCAGGUCUUUCUAUUUGUGUGUCAAAGGCCUUUAGACUUCUUCUUUAUUAGGGAUUAAACAAACAAGAUAAAACAUGUUAAUAAAUGAGCUUUAGAGGUUCUGGUGAGCAGAGCCAGGCUAGCUGUUUCCCCUGGCUACCAGUCUUUAUGCUAAGCUAAGCUAAUCUCCUGAGUCCUGCUUUACUUUAUAUGAGAGUGGUGUUGAUCCUUUUAAUAUAUCAGAUGGAUGUUUAAAAAAAUGUCCAACUAUUUGUUUAAGGAUUUAUCUAUUUAACUAUUAUGCACCUAUAUUUUCAUUAUGUUUACUUUUGUGUAAAUAUAAUGUAAUGUUUUUCACUGCAUCCAGUUUCUGAAUUAACCAACAGUAGUUCCUAUUUCAAGGAGGAAAGUUACAUACGAGAAGAAUACACUUGAUGCUGUGCAUCUGUUUUUGUCAUCUGUAUGUUUGGAAAAGCAAAGUGUAUUCAUCUUAUUGUUCCGGGUCUGUUGACCCUGUGUGUCCACACAUUCUGUUACUGUAAGACUAGAUGGAAGGAACAAAUUAAACGUUUUCUA